AUGGCAUCGACAGCGCGUCUUUCGCGCGCCGCGUGGCGCGCGCCGCGGCUCGCCCGGAUGUUCUCAUCCGCGCAGGAAAUGAACGCAGGAUUUUUGAUCCCCGAGGAGCCCAUCGACGUGCCGCAAGCGGAUGCCGAGGCCGUGCAGGUCAGUCGCGAACAAACCCAGGCCCAGCUGGCGGCACAGGACCCGGAGGGCGCCCAUGAUGCCCUCGAGCGCCGCAUCCGCCGCAUGAGGCGCGCGAUGAUGAUGGAUAUGGCUGGCUUGGCCAGCACACAAACUCGUGAUACCUCCUUCCGUCCGUUCAAGGUGCGGACGCAGCCGCUGGAAGCGCACCAACUCACGCUGUCCCACCUGUUGGCGGCGACUGCGCAAAUGGGCCAUGCUAAGCAGCAUGUCAAGCGCAGCUUUGAGCCGCUUCUGUAUGGCUACCGCCACGGCAUGGCCGUGAUCGAUGUCGAGCGCGCGACGCUGCCAGCGCUUCGCCGCGCUGCCCAGGUCGUUCGUGGUAUCACGGAAAACGACGGUGUUGUGCUCAUUGUCGGCACACGUCCGGACUUGCGUCCCUCGAUUCGCUCUGCGGUUGAGCGCCUGGGCGCGAAUGGAUUCCAUGUCAGCACCGAGCGGUGGCUGCCAGGUGUGCUCACCAACGCCUCGAAACUCCUGGCCUCUGCGACGCAGUACAGCGUACAGAGCCAGCGCACGCAGGGAAACCUGAAGGACGAGAGUGUGCCCAACAUGACCCAGCUGUCGACGCUAGGCUACCGCCCGGACCUGGUCAUUGUGCUGAAUCCCACGGAAAAUGAGCACGCGAUUCGUGAAGCGACGCAAUGCCAUGUACCCACCAUGGCCAUCAUCGAUACCAAUGUGGACCCACGCUCCGUGACGUACGCGAUCCCGGCGAACGACGACUCGCCGCGCGUAGCAGAGCUUGUCAUGGGCGUGCUGAGCAAGGCGGGCGAAGACGGUCUGCGUCGUCGCCGUGCCGCCCUCGAGGCGUGGGACAAGCACCAGCGCCGCCUCCAAAAACGUCGUCAGGAGCCAGCGCCGCUGCCGUCCGACACCCCCUCAUAG